CGGCGACUGCACUCAGGGGCAGUUCAUAAGAUGGUGGCGACGAACGACGGGGGAGCUAGUGCCCUUGUGGAUUCUUCGGCGAUUAAAGACAAUAAUCGUAAACGGCCAGGUUCAUCUGAUUUAUCCUGGGAACUGAUGAAAAAGAAAUCCAACUUUGGUAAAAUGCAUUUGCAUGACAAUCUGAAACGUGAACGAAUGUCUGAAGGGAAGCGGGGAACAGAUAGGUGCUGUAUGCAGAAGAAGAAGGCUGAGAAAAUUGCAAUUGGUGUGGAUGAAUUGUGUCUUGCUUCAGAUAAGCCUCAAAAGUGUAAGAGAAUGUCACGGUCCAGAACUCCAGGCCAUCAGAAAUGCAAACUCUCAAAGUCAGGUUCAGUAUCAUCUUUGGGAAGUUGUUGCUCAUCUUCUGCUAGCUCUCGGUCAGAUUCUGUUUCAUCCUCUGCCAGCUCAGAAUCGGGUUCGAUGUCAUCAUCGAGUUGCUCUCGAUCGAGUUCGGUGUCGUCGUCCUGUAGCUCUCGUUCCAGUUCAGUCUCCUCUUGUAGCUCUCAGUCAGAUUCGAUGUCCUCUUCUGGCAGUUCCAGAUCAAGUUCGGUGUCCUCAUCAGGCAGUUCCUGUUUGGAUUCUGUGUCCCCAUUAAAAAGGUACAGAUCAAGUUCAAAAUACACUAAUUCGACUUCAAGGUCAAGAUGUGUAUCACAAGAGAAGAGAUGCAAGAGUUCAAGACGAGCCCAUUCAAGAUCCCGGUCUCGAAGCUGUUCAAGGUCUUGUUACCGAAGAUCAAGAUAUCACAUGCCAUAUCGGUCACCCCUCAGGUACCGAUCAAGGUCUAGCUUGAGACACAGGAGAUCCCGCUCAGGAUCAAGGUCAAGAUAUUCAUCCAGGCGUCCAAGGAACUACCAUAGUUUUAUGUACAGAACCCAUUCUUCACAGAGAAGUCGAAGCAGAUCAAGGGGAAGAUCUAUUUACUUAACACAAAAAGAUAAAAAUACUCUGCUUGAAAUAGCAAAGGCAAAUGCUGAUAAAUUAUUUGGAAAAAGCAAUAUUCAGAUGCCACCUAGCCUGAAGCCUACUAGUCCUUUCAGAGAUGAGAAUUACAAUUUUGAGAAGUCCAACAUUGAUGCAGCUAAAGAGAUGAUCAGAAGGGUGAGUGAUAACAUUUCAUUAUAUUGAAGAAAUUUCUUUUUGCAUGUCUGAAUGUAGAAGAUUACUUCUGUCCAAAUAUUUGAACACCAACUCCUGCACUAUUAGUCGUGUGAUCUUAGCUAUUACCCAUUUAAGUACAUUUUGACUCUCUUAUACCAGUGUUCCUGUGUUGGGGUAGAAUAAAUUUUGAGUUGUACUCCUUUUCUAACUUGGCUUUUAAUUGCAUUGGUUUGUUACCCAAAUUGUUUUGAGUAUACUCAGUUUUAUUCUCUUAAUUUCUAAUGAGAACAAAUGUAAGAUGCUUACAGCUCUAGUCAUUCCUAGAUUAACAUAGUAGAAAUGUUUUCUCAGCUAGGCUAUGAGGAAUUUCCACAUGUAUAGUUCUUUACAAAUUCUGGACAUUCCCUAAGUGCUUAAUAUUUGGUGCUGUCAAGUAUAUUAAUCAUAAUUGGGAGAUUGUAUUGUGCAGUAAUGAUUCAGCCAGCUUGUUUUACUCAACAUGUCAUUCAAACACUUUCCAUAUAAAAGCUAUAAAUUUGGUUUGUAUGACUUGAUUUAUUUCUGUUUUAUAGAAGCCUUGAAAUGGACUGCACUUCUUGGAAGAUAUGAGGUGGUAUCUUUGUAUCUGCAUGUGUGCAGUUAUUAGGGGCAGCUUGGCCAGUGUAAUAAUUAAAAUGGUUUUAAAAGAUGUGAUUAUAAAUGAAACUAUGACACUAUCUACGCCGUAAACAAAUGCAUUUUAUCAUCAUGAAAACAGUGGCAUUCCAUAUCUGCAUGAGGGAUGAAGCAUUCUGUUUUGUAUUUUUUUUCUUCUGAUCAGGGAGCUUGUGACCUCUUAUCAAGCCAUCUUGUAGAAGUAAGGGGAGAAUGGAGAAGCUUAGUGUAUUUCUUCCCAGUCAAAAGUCAAGGCAGUGCUAUAUUUGGUAUUUCAUUAUACUGCAUUGUCUCCUAAUUAGUUUUGUCAUGAUGCAUUUUAAUUCCAGCAGGCCAAAUGAUAAUCUUGAUUGGGAAUCGAGUGACAUGUAAACCAUUUACUUAUGUCCAUUUCAUUUAAGAAGUUUGGCAACUGACAGAAUUUUGGCUGGAAAUAGGCAGCUUCAUUGAUGUUGCUGUUCAGUGUAAAUGUACUGUUCAGUCCAGCUGCAAAUUGCAUUGCACACGAGCCUCUUUCCAUUCACCUACCUUUUGUACAUUUUCCUUUUCUCUUGUAUUAUUUCUUUUGAAUGCUAUUUAGCUGGGCCACCUGGGUGGUGCUUUGUUCCACCAUGAUACCACUGAAUAAUGAAUAAAGCAAUAAUCCUUCAUCCAAGAUGGAGAUGAGUAUUCUGCCCUCAAAUCUGGCUUGUCCUGUAUAAAUCUGAUACUGUUCUUCCUGAAACAAAUCUGUUGGCACUUUUAAUUGUGCUGAUUUUCAUGUCUGUAGUCUGAGAUUCUUUAUUCUUAUAUCCAUUGUUUUUUAUAAUAUGUAGGUGAUACUUCCAUUCCCAAUUUCCCUACCAAAGUAAAUCACAGAUUCAAUGAAUUUAAUUUGCCAUCUAAGUGUUUAACUUUAAAUAUUUCAUUUUUAUUACUUCUAAUGUGUAUGUUUUGAUACUGCUUUAAUAUUUCCAGAACCAGUAUUUUCAAUAUUGAUCAUUGUAGAACAUUACUUUCCAAUGUCUUCAUCUGGUAACCUGCUAAUUUGCCUUCCAUUGUUACUUCCUUACUCCAUAUCAUCUGAUCUUUGAGAAUCCCAGAUCAAAAUUCAGUUUACAUUAUGUGGAUGGGAAAGAGGCCAUUUGGUUUUUUAAAUUACUUUUUAUGGACUCUGUAGAGGCUACUUUAAACUUAGCAAAUGAAAGAAAUGCCAGUAUAAUGAGGAAAGGUUUUUGCUGUGAUUGAUUGCAACAGCAGGUAGACAUGGUGUUACUUCUGUUUACACUAACACUUUCAACAAUUCAAUGCAACUGACUCUGCUUUUCAAACUUAGGCAAUCCAUGUUAACCAAAUUGUUCAUCCAGAUGACCCAUCAAUAACUAGUUAAGUAUAAAUUUACAUUCUUGGUAAAAACCACUUACAUGGACAAGAAUCAGCCCUGAACUUGUUGAUAGUUUUGAAUCAUAAGCUGCAAUUGUACAAAGAUUGGGUUGCUAAGGGAACAGUAGCUACCUUCUCUCUGUAGGGUUGAGCCAUAAAUAAAAUUAAUGUUUGCAUAUUUUAAUAGCAUUGCACUACCCCUACUUUGGCCUCUGAUGCAAGAGACCUAUUGUGUUUCAGACACUUGUUCCCUAGCAGAAUUUAAUGUUCAAAUUGGCUUGAAUUUAAACAGAGCUCACAGUCCAGCUUUAAUUGGAAUGUGUUUUGCUACUACUUCAGUUUUGUUCAGAGCAGGGGUCUACCCUCAAAAGAUACUGAUUUGACUAAUAUUAGCUAUGUAACAGCUGAAGUUCAGGGUAUGAGGCAAUAUUGGAUGCAGAAUGGAGGGUGCUUUGCUCUGCAUGUUAAUAGUGCACUUGACCUUGGAGUGAUGAUCUAAUUACUGGGCCAGAAAGCCCACUUACUCAUAUACAGAAGGUAAACAAAACUACCAUGCCAUGCUUUAUGCAGGAUUGUGGAAUAACAUUUUUAGUUUGCAAUCUGUCUGGAACACAGUUAAAGCAUUAAGUAGUUUAAAUAAUGAUCACUCAAGUCUACAUAACUUGGAUCAGUUUUUGUUGAUUAUCCAUGGAUUUCCCAUUGAUAAGUCACUUAGUUCCUUCAAGGGCACUGAGGCAUAUGAAGCUGAGGUUUGACUAAUUUCUGCUGUUGGAUUUGGUAUUGUCCAUGCAUAACUUUUAUUCUAGGAUUUUCUUGUCCUCAUAACUUAUUCACUGUGUUCCAGGAGGUUUUGAAUAUCAGAUCAUUGCCGAAGAAGAGGCCAACGUUUUUUGAAGAUAAGUUCCUUGGCUUUAUAGCCUAGAAUAUGUUAUCAACAUGGCUGCAUUCAGUUGUACACUCAAAUAUAAUCAUUUGACACAUUACAGAAAGUGCUUGAAAGCAUUUGUGCUCUUAAUGGGAAUUACCAUGGAACCAAAUAAAUGUUUAUGGUAAUUCAGACUGGUGUAAAUCUUGUUACAGAUUUCAAGUAAUUUGUACUCAAACUUGUUUAGAAAUUCUAGAACCUCAGCAUUACAAAUCUCAAUCUUUAUUUGUUGAAUAUGCUAAAGUGAGGUUAUGUUUUCUGAAUUGUUGGCCAUUUGGUUUACAUUAUCAGCUAGAAUAGUGCCAAGCUGCAAGAAUCAGUAUCAGUUUUCCUGCAGAUUCUACCACAACAGGUAGAAUGAUAGUGUAUUUUGAAAUCUACUGAUAGAAUAAUAGGCUUGUCCAACCAGUGCUACGUGUUUUAAUUCUGAUUGUUAAUCAGUUUUCAUUGGAUUGGUCUUUGUUUUUCUAAUGCAGAAACAAGCAAAUGAAGAUGAAGAGGAUGAACCAGUUCAGAAGUUAGGAAGUGCCCCUUCUAGAUCAGAAACAAACCACUGGAUAGCCUUCAGUGUUAAAAACGCAGUAGCAAAACCACUGAAUCAAAAGUCACCAAGUGGCUCUGUUAAAGAGUCUCCUGAGAAUAAGCGGAAAAGAAGCCCAUAUGGACAGUGGAUACCGGUACAGAGUGGUGAUAGAACAAAGGCACAGUGAAGGUUCAGAAUAGUAUAUAAAAUUUAAAGUGCAUUUGUAAUCAGUUAUUUUAAGCCAGCUGGAUUGAAUUUUGUUAUAAUACUUGGCAUGAUUUGUGAAACUUGUAUCAUAAAUGUGAAACUUUGGAGCAAGUUGUAGUUUUGUAUAAAUGUUAUGUAUUUAUUUGGGUUAACACUUCACUGUAACAUGCAGAUACUAAGCAAUGUUUAGUUUAUGAUAAAUCUUCUGAAAUAAUACACAGGUAAGAGAAGUAAUUUACCAAGAUUUCACAUGGGGCUCUGUGUGACAAAAUACUGUUUUUUGUAAAUUUUUUUCCCAGAAUUCAAUAAAGAUAAUUUAUAAAUGAA